AUGGCUGCCAGAGGAUAUGGAAGAAGUAGAAGGAGUAGAACACCUAAGAAAGUGACUAAGAAGAUUGUCGAAGUGAAAAAGGAACCUAAGACGGAGAUUAAAGAGGAGGAUAAAGAAAUCGACCCUAAGGACGAUAAAAAGGACAAGGACAAGGACAAGGACAAGGGCAACGGCAACGACAACGACAACGACAAGGACAAGGACAAGGGCAACGACAACGACAACGACAACGCUGAAAAAGAAAACCCUAAAAUCAAGUUGACGCUUAAUUUUAAUAACGACGCACCUAUUCCAUCAAAGGAGACAAGCGAAGCUCUAGCUGAUGUGUCACCAGCCACAGUUAUAGCCGCGGAAGAGCCUAGCGUGUCGGAUUGCAAGCCUUCAGCGAUUCUCGGUGAUGUGCUCACACUACUCGACCUUAGCUAUGAUGACACCAGUGGAUUAAUACAAGGCGAUGCUAUGUUCAAAGUACCCGAACUGAAUGAACUUGAGAAAGCCAAUGAUCUUUUUCAGAAAUUGAUCGUCAAAUUAGGAGAUGGGGUUGCCAGAGACACGGAAUUACUACAAAGAUUUUCAGUGGAUGAGCCAGAAAAUGCAGAGAAGCAGCCAGAAUCGCCUCAUGGAAGACGCCAUACCAUCAUUAAGAUUAGUGGAGGCAGCGACGGUGAAAGUAAGAUUCGGAUACGUACGGAAACAACCAUGACUGCGGAAGACGACGAAGAUGAAGUUGGCCCACCAGUGAAGAGACGUAGAAGAAGCAUUAUAUUGACGGCUAACGGUCUCAGAAGAGAGAUAACGCCUAAUAUAGCGGAUUCAGAGGAAGAAGAAGAAGAAGAGGAGACCACGGAUGGAGGCUCUAUCGCGAAGAAAGAGGCAGAGCUUGAAGAUUCUGACGAUGUGCAUUUCUUACCAUCGGUGUAUGCGCAUAAGCCUAAUCCAAACUUUCCUAUUCGAGAAAUGCUGAAGCCUGCUAUUGAGCAGUUGGAUUUGUAUGACGAUGAAAAGGCUAAGGAGGAAUCCAGUGACGAAAGAGAGUACCUAAAGCAGAAGUUGGCGGUGACGGAUUUCCCCCAAUCCGAUUUGAAAGAUUAUUUACCAGGUGAAAUUCCUACCAAGGAUCUGUCUGUGAACAGACCUACGAACCAAGUUGCAUUCAAUUCUUUCCAGAAUUACGUUGAGCCCUUCUUCCGCAAUUUCACCGACGAGGACGUGAGUUUUCUGCGACAAAACGGUGUCUUCAUCAGCCACCUUCCGAAAGAUUUUGACGAUAAAAGGGAUACGUUCGAAAUCCCUGGUUUGGGACCCUGGUACGGAGAUGUUUGGAAGGAGGAGGAGAGAAUUUCAGGGGAAAUGAACGGAGAACAGGUGUUGUCAGGAAACUAUAUUUCUGAGAUUAGAGCCUCAGCACAGAAAAGGAUGGAUCUGAGGAUGCAUGAGCUUACGGCGGCGCGAGGUUCAGCGGAGGCUCUUGAUAAUAAUGCACUAGAAGGAGAAGAACAAGUUUCUUGCGGUCCUUUAACAUCCAGAUUACUGUCAGCCAUAGUAGGUGAAGAAGAGUUUGUUAGACAUAAGGAGGAAGAACAAGAGCAGGCUACAGGGAUUCCUGUUUAUCAGGACCUAUCGAAUUCGGGGGGACCAAAAGGAUCAUCGUCAGAAUUACCUGGAGAAAGAGCUUUCCAGUCAGAAUACACGGGGACAGACUACAAGACGUUGGACGAUCGACUCAAGCGAGAAUUGAGAUAUAUUGGUGUUUAUAUGAACGUUCAACAGACUCUUGAUGAUCCAGGAUUCGAACAGGAUUGGUCACAGAAGAAAGAGGAUGAUGAAAUAUGCUGCGAGAUGAGGAAGCUACAGAAGCAGUUGAAAGAGGUUCAAAAGAGGAACAUUCGCCGUAAGAAGGUUAUGAUUCCAAUAAUCGAAGAACAAAUUGCAUGGCAGGAAUAUAUGUCAGUUCUUGAGGAUUUGGAUAAGCAAGUGGAGCAGCAUUACAGGCGUAGAAUUAAUGUGACUCCAAGAAAGAGUAGGAAAAGAGCUCUUCAUCAUAAGGAUAAAGACAUAACAAAUGAUCACAAAGAGGACAGUAUCAACCAUUUAGUUACCAGUGCGUCGUUUCAGAGUCUUUUGGCCAAAAGAGCCAAAUGGAUAGAGAAAAUAGGCCCAUUAUUCAAGAGUCAGAGAGAGAUGAGGCGUAUGCCGGACGAAUCGAUCUUUAAGAACAUGAAUGAAGAAGACGAGAAUGAUGGAGAAGAGGGAGAGGAUAUUGAAGGAGAUGGUGAGGAUGAGGACGAUGAUGAUGAUGAUGUUCUAGGAGCACACAAGAAUGAUGACGACCAAGUUGAAGGAGAGAGCUUGAAUAUGGUGGAGGAGUAG